AUGGUCCUUCUCUUGUGACCUCCACUCAUCACCAAGAAGUACUCUCAUCUUCUUCGGAAUGGCUUCUUUCCUAGUCUCUAAAACCACCGUUCUGCUACUGGUUCUGGUGAGCCUGGCACAAGUCAACAUGGGCUCGAGAGUACUGUCGAGCUUGGUUGAACAGCCAUCGGAACUCCUCACGUACCACAAUGGUGCAGUGCUCCAAGGCGACAUCGCCAUCUCCAUCAUGUGGUACGGGGCAUUCACCCCAACCCAGAAGGCCAUCAUGUCCGACUUCCUCCUCUCCCUCACACCGAGCUCCCAAACUCGACCGCAGCCACUGACUCCUUCCGUCCCACAGUGGUGGGAGACCAUCGACAAAGUUUACCUGGCCAAAGCCGGAAAGAAGACGAAGACGACCAACAUUGUGUUGGCCGAACAAGUCUCGGACGAGGAGUGCUCCCUCGGGAAGUCCCUCAAGACGUCCCAGAUCCCGGAGUUGGCCGCCAGGGCCGGUCCGAAGAAGGGUGGAAUCGCGCUCGUGUUCACCGCCCAGGACGUGGCGGUCGAGGGCUUCUGCAUGAGCCACUGCGGCCUGCACGGUUCCGACCGGAACACCGGGUCCGCCUACAUCUGGGUGGGCAACUCGGCGGAGCAGUGCCCGGGCCGGUGCGCGUGGCCCUUCCACCAGCCCAUGUACGGGCCACAGACGCCGCCGCUGGUGGCGCCCAACGGCGACGUCGGAGUCGACGGCAUGGUGAUCAACCUGGCGACCCUGGUGGCCGGCACCGUCACCAACCCGUUCGGCGACGGAUUCUUUCAGGGGGCGAGGGAGGCGCCACUGGAGGCGGCGACGGCGUGCCCGGGGGUGUACGGGAAGGGAGCCUACCCGGGCUACGCCGGCGACCUGCUCGUGGACGUCACCACCGGGGCCAGCUACAACGCGAACGGCGUCUGCGGGAGAAAGUACCUGGUGCCGGCGCUGUUUGAUCCGUCGACGUCCACCUGCUCCACGCUGGUUUAGGAGGCUGAUGACUUCGUGUACUUGGAAUAAUGUGAUUCUUUGAUUCAUUUACUGUUCCUACUGCUUUCAGUGGCGCUGUCGUGCCGACCUCUUAAAACUCUCCUUCAAUUCCGACACCGCCAUUGUUUUCAUCUCAUGUAUGCAGCUGCUUGCCGGUCUCCCACCCCGCGAUGGAACCAUAUUAACUUAA